CGUAAAUUGACAAUCAUGAUUUCAGGAUAUUAAAAAGAGCAUGGGCAAGUAGGAGCACCAAUUAUGUGACAUUACAAAGUGCAAAUGAGAAAAUGGAGUUGCAGCAUGAAGUUAAAUUCUUUAUUACUUUGUACCACCAUGGCAGAAAAUUCCACAACUAAUUACAAGAAAACUGUGGGAAUCAAUUCCCUGUGUAAAAGUCCAGAAGCUUACAACCAAGCUGUUCUCUUGAUGAAGGUGUAAUUCAUUCAAACAGACUUUACAAGAAGUUGGUUCCUCCAUGGAUAACAAACAUAUCCCGAGUGCAACUGCAUUGUUGAUGUCAAGAUGCCUGUUCACAAAUCAUUACUGGACUCUAUGUGAAGUGUCAAGCUACAAAUAUGUAUCAU